GACGCGGCUCGAUCCGUUUCCGGCCACGUAAAUAUGGCUGCCUACCGCUGAAACUGUAGUGUUGUUUUGAUCUUGAGCAGAAAACGUCGCGGUGUAUAUAAUUUAUUUCUAGUUGCAACUCAGGGCGGCUUUAGGGACAAAAAUGUUGUCAUAUAAUUAUCUAGUAUUUUGUCUUGUAGUAGUAUGCUCAUUCAUUUCGACGAAGGCCGUAGAAUUAACCUUCGAAUUGCCGGACAACGCUAGGGAGUGUUUUUAUGAAGAAAUUGGAAAGAAUGUUUCUGCCACUUUAGAGUUUCAGGUAGUGACCGGUGGCCAGUAUGACGUGGAUGUUACUCUAGAGUCUCCAACCAAAGAAGUACUUUACAGACAAGUUAAACAACAGUAUGACAGCCACAGAUUUGUAGCCCCAGUAGCUGGAGUAUACGCUGCCUGUUUCUCCAACGAAUUUUCCACAUUUUCCCAUAAAUUAGUUUAUGUGGAUUUCCAAGUAGGGGAUGAACCUCCACUACUGCCUGGCAUGGGUGAACAUGCCACUGUAAUGACGCAGAUGGAAUCUUCAAUUAACGAAGUACAUGAAAGCUUGAAGAAAGUUAUAGACUACCAGACACAUCAUCGGCUGCAGGAAGCGCAAGGCCGCAAACGAGCAGAAGAUCUGAAUGAAAGAGUGCUGUGGUGGUCAUUAUUGGAAACGGUGGUGAUUGCUACAAUUGCCAUUGGACAGGUGGUCAUACUUAGAAAUUUCUUUUCAGAAAGGAAGCCUUCAAUGAUGUCAUACAACAAAAUGUGAUUCUACCUGUAGUUUUAAUUUGAAGUCCAAUAGUUUAAUUGCUGUUUCAAGUCAGCUAACCCAAUUUGACUGGUACAACUUUUUGAAAAUAUUUCUUAUACCCAUUAACAAUAUACCAUGUUUCUUUUUUUGUGUGGUUCUAUAUGUGCAAGCAUCUAAGGGAUGAUUGGGAAAAUUUUUGUUUUAAUUAAUUGUUGAAUGAGCUGAAAUGAGCUAUUGGUUUAAAAUUGUUGAGAUUUUGGAAGUUCAAGUUGCUUGGGUGUCUUAUUGUUAUAUUUUCAGUGAACUGGGCCUUCAGUUUUAAGACUGAAGGGUGUUGUAUUUUUUUUUCUUUUUAGAUAAGUAAUCACAUUGUUCCUUGAAAGAAAGGAUCUGUCUGAAACAGAUUGAGUGAAAGCUCUGUUGCACAUCUCAUUAGAAAUUUGCCACCAUACCUGUUGGCUUUUCUAAAAUAGAGUAUUAUUUCUGCUUUCAAAGACCUUUUCUUUUCAAUGGUUGUGAAGUACAUUUGUAUGUAUUUGACUUUGUGUAUAGUCCUGUGUCAUUAUCACUCAUGCUAGGAAUCCAUUACCUUUGAUGGUACAAACCACUUCUCAUUCAUUGUUUUGUUUUCCCCCCCCCUGUUUUGGCCCUUGGUGACUUAUUUUUUUAGGGUGGACUGCUUUUUUCCCCCUGACAUUUUGAGCGAGUGGAAGAGUCUGUAAUAUAAGUAUAUUUAAAACUAUAGUGUGUUCAGUUAAUUUUGGGCUUUAAAAACAGUGGGGUGUCUGUGGGCUGAAAAUAAAUCUAUUCCUGAGAG